UGAAGCUAUUACUACUGAAAGUGUUGCCUUUGAUGAACUAUUGGUCUCACCUGGUACUGAAAAUGUUGUCCCGAUUGUGAUGGAUUUGGUUCAUAAUUCUGAUAAUAUUGCUACCUUUGUCGACAAAGUUGAUACUAUAAUUGUUCCUAUUGAUGGCCGAAAUUGUUGUGCCCCUAUUAAACAUGUUACUGAUUCAUGUGAUGCCCCUAUUUGUGAUGUUACUGCCUCAGUUACCCCUCCUGCAGUUUCUGAAUCUCCCCCUCCCCUUAAUUGAUCGAAGUUGUUACAGUUAGUGAAGUUGCCAUUUUUGUUUAUAUAAAUGAUAUAGCUACAUUUGAACCUGUACCCACUUAUGCUCCAUGUCCAGUUUCCAAAGUACAGAAUGAGCUCCUGGUGGCUAUCUAUUACAAGGUGGUAACCACAUGUGAUGUUCAUCUCCCUGUACCUACUCAAGUGAUUAUCACAGAAUCUGAGAUUAAUGCCCCUAUUGUUGGGCCUGCAGCGGGAUAUGAGGAAACUGAUUCUGAUCCCAUGAACGAUGAUACUACAUUUGCCCCACAUUUGUCCUAUGAUGAUACUCUAUCUGAGGACAACCACAGUUUAUAUAUUUAGUUUAUUCUCUCAAGAUUAUCUACAUUCAUAGCAUUCAUUCUCAUACUUGAUUGCAUUUACAUAUACACUUAUAUUUUUGACCUUAUAUUGUUGACCUUCGAUUAUGUAAGGUUUUUUAUACUCUUCCUCCUAAAUUUCAGUCUAAGAUUCUUGUAAUUUAAGACAACGAGUAACCAGCGGCAAACAACAGUUGGCAAGAGAGAUUUACAAACUUACAUCUUUGGUGUUGCACUUGAUACUGCUCUUGAAGCUGUCCAUGAGGAAAAUUCUAUCCCGGGCCCUUUUGAUGCUAGUUUAGGAGCCAGUAAUGGCAACUGACCAAUUUGGAUACUACGGUAGGCUUAGAUGAAGCCCCGUGGCUACCUCUAACAAGGCAAUAACCAUUGGUGAAGUUCAUCCGCUUUUGAUUCUCACUAAUGCUCACUAGAUUGAUGGUACUACUACUCACAAAAACACACACAACAUCUUCUGGAGAUGAUGAAUUUAAUUUUGAUCCGCCCAAAGUUGAAGCCGAAGUUGAUACUACAGUUACCUCAAACUUGUCCUAUAAUGGUGCUCCAUCUGUGGACCUCUCUGUUUCCCAUAAUCUUUCUAUUGUUACAGGUAUAUCGACAGACGAGAAAGACUGCCUCGAUGGAGCCUUCACGCCAGUAAGAAACAGAAAUUAAUGGAGAGGGAAAUUGUGUAUUAGUCCCAGUUUUGCAUGUAUGUUCAGUAAAGAACAUAUUUUCAAUUCAGGUAUUAUAGUAGUGGCCUUGGUUAUUAAUUUCAUGUUGCUUUUGGCUUCUUAUAUCGAAAUUUUCUCUUCUACUUCAUCUGAUUAAAGUUGUAUGAUGUUCUAUCAGGUAAGUUUAUGUAUAUUAUUUUUAUGGUAAAGAUCCUUUGAUUGCAUUUACAUAUACACUUAUUAUAGUGUUGGCCUUUAAUUAUGUAAGGAUAUCUUUGCUCUUCCUCUUAAAUUUCAAUCUAAGAUUCCUGUUAUUUGAGACAACGAGCAACCAGCGGCAAACAUCAGUUGGCAAGAGAGAUUUACAAACUUUAUUACAUUGCAAGUUUAUUACAUUUAGGACUUCUAAAAUGAAAAUCAAAUGAUUGAAUUAAUGAUGUUUUUUGGAUUUGUUGCUGAUUUUCUAUUGACUGAUUGCUUUUCUGCUGAUGGUUUAGCUUCGGUGGCCGGAUUGUGAUGCUACAGAGUAUCUAUAUAUUUUGUCUCAUGGAUAUUUUCAUGCCGAUCUUGUGAGUUUCCUUAACAGAAUAUUCUCUUUUUGUGCUUGCAGAUCUUAUUUUCUUUAUUGUACUUUCAGAUUUUUUUUCAAAAGCAAAAGCUUCUCGAAUUUGUAAUUUGUCUGUCCAGCUUAAUAUAUACUGUUCUUCUUUGUAUAACUUGUUCCUAUAACCAUUAAAUUAUAAAUUUUAAAAUCUUUUUAAUAUGUAAUUUGUUAUGUAGUUACUUGGUGAUUUGGUGAAUACGAACUCGUGAGGUUGAAUGUGAAUAUGGGCUGGUGAGGCGGCUUACAUUUUCUGUCGUAGUUGUGUUGACUGACCAAAUACCAAAUUAUUUUGUAUGUCACUAUUGUGAUGUUUGUAAAAAAAGAAGUUUUGAUUAACAUCAAUUGUCUUAUAUUGCUAUGCUUCCAGAUACUUGAGACUAUGAUGAUGAAAUCCCCCCCCCCCCUCUGACCUUAUUUAGCAUAUAUGGAUCAAUCUGGCAUGUAGCUUGGUAGAGAAAACAUGACAGCAAGCAUCUUUACAGCCAUGGUGGUGUUUAAAAAAUCUGUCCAUAAUUAAAUCUGAGCCUUGAAAGACUAUCGUGGACUCAAACAAAAUGCUCUUGAGCGGCUGAGCCUGUCAAUCUGAGCCAUGGCAGUAAGCAAUACACUUCUUUUCUGUGAACAGGCAAAUGAGAGGAACAACAAAAUGCUCCUAUACUUGAUGAAGAAACUUCAGUUAAUUAGGGGUUUUGUUGUUAGGAGAACAAAUGGUUCAGCAGGGCAUAUAUCCAUGGAUACUGUUGCAGACGCCCAACCACACAAGGUUCUUUGUUUAGAAGGUAUGACAUUCUGGAUUUUAGGGUAUUCAUUAAUAAGAAAUACAUUAGAGAGGUUGAGUUUCACGUAUAUACCUGGAUUGGUAAAAGAAAAGAUGGCCUCAUUUUAAACAAACUUGAUAGAAUCUUAGUAUCCCCUUAGUUUAAUAAUCUCAAUCUCACUUUAUCUAUUCAAAAACUCAACAGAUGUGUUUCUGAUCACAAUCCUAUUUUACAUAAAGAGAAUACCUUAUCUAAGGUUGGCCGUGGGACUUCGAAAUUUCAACAUAUGUGGAUUAAGCACUCGAUUUUUGUGACAUCCUGGAAUCAGCCUUGUGAUGAUUUUGGGAUGGGAAAAUUCUCUUUUAAAUUUAAUUAGAAGCUCAAAACUGAUUGAAAGUUUUGGAAUAAAACCAUUUUUUGAAACAUUUUCAACAAGCUUGUUGAAACUGAGAUUGAAAUAUCCUUUCUGGAGGAUAGGGUGGCCACAAAUGUGAAUAAAAAAGACAAACUCUUGAUCAAACAAGUUCAAGCUAAUUAUAUCCAUUAUAAUUCAUAUCAAACAAGGUAAAGAGGUCUCUCAUAAUAUUUUAAUGCUAAAAGAAUUGCUUAAGCACAUUGACAAAAAAGUCAGAGGUCAAACCAUUGUUUUUAAAUUUCAUAUGCAAAAAAUUAAACUUUUGAUGGAAUGUCUUGGCACUCUAUUGAAAUCACUCUUAAACAAUUUAGCUUUCAUGAUCUUUUUGUAUCUCUCAUUAUCAAAACAUUCCCCAUGGUGUCUCUUCUAAAGGUGUGAAACAAGAUGACCCCAUCCUCCCUGUUCUGUUUAUUAUGACUACGGAAGACCCAGACUUUGCACAUCUUCUCUUUUUCAUUAUCAUUUAUAGAAGGGGUGACCAAAUGUUUUUCUAUCCCUUCUUACUUCGAAAUGUGUAGGCAGAUUUAUGACUUUUCUGGUAUCAUUUCCUUGUCUUAUUUUGUUUUUAGUUUUCGCAUCCGAUUCGUUAUUGAUUUAGGAGUAAAUCUAUCAUUUGCUCUAUUGCUUCUAAUUUUUGACUCGAGUUAAUUGGGGGUUUUGCUGCAGAAAAGCUUGUUGCAGCUAAACCUGUUUACAUUGUCGCAGAAUCCGGCUAAACCACCUAACAUAUGGCUCUUUUUAUAUAGUUUGUUUUAUUUGCUAGGAGGUAAACUAAAACCAUUUGAUUUUAUAUGGCUACUUUUAUUUUGAUCUAAUAUGUUAUACUUUGUAUGAUACAAAUUUGUGUCUUUAUAUAUAGUGAUUCCGUGGGUGCACAGAGUGCUUAUUUUGCUACUAAACUUUCCAAAAUAUUUUCAUAUUCGUGCUUUGAUCUCUCAAAGCUACAAGGCAGGGGAACUGCACAUAUAUUUAAAAACUCCAAGUGGUCUUAUUUUCAUAUUUUGAAGUUCUCCUGUUUGACACAGAAGGUUUUUCACUGAACUUAGGUGCACCACUUGUUGCUAACUAUGUCCCUACACUUUCCGGGGUAUAUUUUCAGCCCAUUCAAAAAGCUUUUUGAUAUACUCACAAUCCUUAACCUCCAAGGCUUGGCAAUUGUAUAUCAUCCCUUCUAUUUUACUUGCAAUGCAUAUCACUUCCCUGUGUACGUGGAAUCUACGUUUCUGGACUGCUCAUACAUGCAACUAUUUUGUCCUGCUUCAUUUCUUUAUGUGCUCGGCAAAAUUCCAGAGGAGACUUGUGUUGCGUUUUUGAACCGGUGCUAUGAUAAGCGCGGUAGGAUGCUGAUCGAGCAUGGCACAGAGUCAGAGCAUUUUUUAGGCGUGGAAAUGGAUCUCUUGCAGGAAAUUCAAAUGGUUUUCCACAUCAACCAAGAUUCCAGCCUAACCUUUUUUUUAAGAAUGGUCGUAGAGGAGCCCCCGCCACAAGCAUACAUACGAGAUCAACAGCCUUGCAUCCACCAACAUUGCUGGGCCUGCUUGAUCCUCUGCAAUGUAUGCUUCUCUGCUGAUGUACUGCUACUUUUUUGUUAUGUUUUGUUUCAAUGAUGGUUUGCUUCAGACAAUUAUGAAUACUUUUUAAACUACAUUCCGGUGAAUGAAUUGACAAUGUUAA